AUGCAGGGUAGGGCCAGUGUCACUGCGAGGAGGGGAGCCAGACACCCCAGCAUAUCCUCCUCCAGUUCCCCUCCGCCACAAGAUGGAGCUCCGGUGACUACUGAUUACAACACAAUUGGAUCGGACUCGCAGGCCAUUUGCUGCGUGGCUAAAUUCAUGUAUGAAACAGGACCCCUGGGCCAAUUCCGUCAUAUAGAUUCCCAAGAAGUCGAGGCGAACAUCGAAGAGCUGGAAGCAAUGCAGUAA